AUAAAUUUUAUUAUUAAAACUUCAUUAUUUUUAAAUAAUGCAGGUACAUACAAGAGGAAUUAUUAAUGCAGGUACAUACAGGACGAAUUAUUAAUGCAUAAAUUGACAAAGUUUACAGUUAUUAUACACCUUGUCAAUAUAUAUGAGAGACUGUUACUUCAUAUUUAAAAAUAGUUGACGUCUAUUGCUAUGAAAAUGCAAAUUAUAAAACUAAUAUAAAUAUAAUUAUAAAAGAAUCGAUUCGUCAUAAGAGAAGUCGUGAGAAGUCCACAACUUCUUUCAUCACAUGGCCGUAUAAUAUAACGGUUGCACUAUUGAUUAGUGGUGCACAAGCAACACAUUUUUUUGGCUUCAUCACAUCCCUUGAGGGAGUUCACAAGUUUAGUACAUUCUGUCCCCUACUUUGUCUAUACAUCGUAUCCAGGUGUAAAGAAAGAAAAACACGAAGGACGAGGAAACGUCGGAGUUGUCGCACAGCUAGCUCGAAUCAGACUUCAACAUCAACAACUCAUCAUAGCGUGUUAUAACACGAUACGAUUGAUUCAAUUAACAUACUCGACUUGUCAACUUUUCCCCCUCAAGAAAUAAAUCCUCGCGGAAUGGAUCUGAAUGAGGAAGACGAGAGUGUAAACGAGAACGGCAGGCAGCUGUUUCUGGUCGCAGGUACUCCGCGCGAUCCUCUGGUAUCAACUGCGAUCGUAGCUUCCACGGCGGAUGUCCCGGACGAUAUCAAUCAGAGUGAUGAUCUGCAGUCGAGCGCCUUGGCCGGUCUGAUCGGCGGCGCGCAAUCCACCUCGGUUUGCUUCCCUACGAAAUUCACGUAUGAUUUCACUAGUUCUGAAAGCGAGGAGAGGCCGUCCUGUGUCAUCGGCAAGAGAAAGCAGCGUAGAUACCGCACCACAUUUUCCAACUUCCAGCUAGAGGAGUUGGAACGUGCUUUUCAGAAGACACAUUAUCCGGACGUAUUCUUUCGCGAGGAGCUCGCAGUUCGUAUCCAAUUGACAGAAGCUAGAGUACAAGUAUGGUUCCAAAACAGGAGAGCGAAAUGGCGUAAGCAGGAGAAGCAGUGUAAAAUCACGACUCACAUGACGUCACAUUUACCAACGUCGGAUUGUCAAGAGGUACAGCAGCAACAUCAAUCACAGCAACAAUCAGAUCAUCUAUUGCUGGAAUCACCAUGCAGUCCACCUCCAAUAUACCUAGGUAUGGAAUGGGCAGGUUUCUCUCCUUAUAACAACACAGAUAGCGCGUCAUCCCUCAUCGUGAAUAAGCCACCAGAUGCAGAAGCUGACAACAAUCCACUACUCGAUCCAGAACUGUUACAACUAAAACCUCCACGUUCCUAAUAAUAUUAAAAUUAUAUACAUAUAUAUAUAUAUAUAUAUUUGUAAUAUGAAUAACGUUCCACGUUUUCUAAGAGGAGAGAGAGAGAGAGAGAGAGAGUUACGUAAUAUACUAGAUAUAUAAUGUAAAGAAGUUGUAAUAAUUUCAAGCGAAACAUAUUUGCUAUAAAAUUGCGUGAAAGUAUAGACCAUUACUUUGGGUUAUCAUAAACCAUGAAAUGUACUUUGAAGAUA